UGGGGAGGUGUAUUACCACCAGUUGUAGCAGUGACCUCAUCAUUUUGACCCUGAGAAAAAGCGGAGGCAGAGAGACAGAAGAAAGGAGGAGCCUGUGCACUCAUUGCGUCAUUUAUUAGUCUUAAGAACAGAUUUAUUGUCCACUGGGGAAUCUCUGCUUGGUUGUGUAUAUAUGUGAGUCUGUGCUGGGCUGGACGUACAGGAGAAAAAAGAGAAACAGCUCAGAGAGAGGAGAAUUUCUCACAGGAUAUCUUCAACUACUCAACCAUCAUGUCUCAGCCAGGUCAGGAGGAAGAUGAACAAAUGGAGCGUCCUGAAGUGAGAGAGGAGGAUCUGACUGAAACAAAGAACAAACUGGGUUUUGGGGAGCCAGCAAAGAGCAAGACAAUUGAAGUAAUGGAGGAGUGCGAGAAAAUGGGUAAAACCGCUCCCUCUGUGUUCAGCGGCGUGAGGUCGGGAGCAGAGACUGUUUUCAACGCGCGCUCGUCUCGACCAGUCAGAAAGUAGCAGGAGACCUCCUGACCAUGAUAGGACAACACCUGUUCCAUGUUAGGGGUUUAGUGUCAGUUGUUUUCCAGCUGAACUUCAGUCCAUGAAAAAUCCUGCUAAAGGCCCUUUCUUUAGUGGCCUCAUGUUGUUAAUCAAAGUCCUGAGUUUUUUUGCACUACAACAGUUUAGUAAUGGUCUGUUUUUGUACUUACAUUAAACUAGUUCAUAAUACACUCAUUCAUUUCUAUAUACAUAUACAAUUUUUAAAAUAGAAAUUUUUUGUUUAUUUGGCCAUUGUUGUGGUUUCUUCUCACUUGCAUUCCCUCACUUUUUAAUGGUGCAGGGUACUAAAAAAACAAAAAAAAAACAAUGCCAUAUGCAACUGAUACAUUUCAACAUAUGUAUAAAAGAACUGCAAAACAUGAAUGAGCCUUACAAGCAUUUCUAGAUUUAUACAUUAAAAAUAAACAUAUGAUUUUGCCUGGACUGUGAUGGAUUGUCAGAUGUCACAAUUAUGGCAAAAAUUUGAAAAGCUUGAAACCUCUUGGAAAUAUGCUAGUGCCAGUAAAUGUCAGUAAAAUGUAACAAUCCAAGCCAAAAAUAUUAAAGAAAACUUGAGUACA